CUCUUCUGUUUCUUACCUCUAUUUAUCUUCAUACUAUCAUGUCUGCUCCCUCUGGUGUUCUUGCUCGCUUCUCUUUGAAUGGAAAGACAGCUGUUGUGACGGGAGGAGCAAGAGGACUAGGUCUCGAAAUGAUGCGUGCCUUGGCCGAGUGUGGAGCAUCUGUAGCCUGUGUUGAUUUGUUAGCGGAGAUGGGUGCGCAGGCCUGCGUAGACAUUGAACAACAGUACAAGGUGAAGGCUACAAGCUGGGCUUGCGACGUGACCAGCUAUGAGGAGGUGCAAACGCUGUUUGAGCAAAUUGCUCAACAACAUGGCUCCAUUGAUAUCUUGGUGACUGCUGCUGGUAUUGUGAAGAACGUCAAGGCAGAGGAGCACAGCCCUCAAGAUUUUGCCAGGAUCAUGAACGUCAAUGUCAAUGGAACCUUUUUCUGUUGUCAGGCGGCCGCCAAGGAAAUGAUGAAGCAAGCAUCGGGUGGAUCACUCAUUCUUAUUGGAUCCAUGUCAGCUCAUAUCGUCAACAAGCCGCAACCACAAUGCUCUUAUAACGCCUCCAAGGCAGCUGUUAUCCACCUUGCAAAGUCUUUGGCAUGCGAGUGGGCUCCCCACAAGAUCCGAGUGAACACAGUGUCACCAGGAUACAUGGCAACGGAUUUGACAAAGCAGGUUAUUGCCGAUCGCGGCGCGGAAGGUGCUGCAAUGAAAGCAGCGUGGGAAGAAAACACCCCUAUGGCACGAAUGGGUUUGCCUCACGAACUUCAGGGUGCUAUUGUAUACCUCGCAAGUGAGGCUUCGUCGUUCGUCACUGGUUCUGAUCUGGUUGUGGAUGGCGGUUACCUUGCAUGGUGAUUCGCUUAAUCUUCAGUUGACGAUUAAUGUUACUUAAUUUCUAAAGUUUGCUGUACAGCUUCAACUUGUAAAUUCAAAUCAAUACAUCAUUUAUUAACACAAAAGUCGAA